UUGUCUAUUGCAGUAAAAUAUUUGAAGCCCGAAAAAUGGCUGCUGCGAAUCUUGUCCGAAGUGCUUUUAGCGGAUUAUUACGAAAAUCCACAACAUAUAGAACUCCGGUAGUAUGCCGGCUUUCAACCGUCGUUCUACAACAAAAAUACCAUACAGUGAAAACCGCUGUAACCUUAUACAAUAACAAGUACCUGCAAGAUGGGGUGCAAUCUCAUCGUAUGCAACCAUACUCGUCAGGGCCCCAGACGAAGCCCUCUCCGAAAGAGAUCGAGGAGCGAGUGCUGAAAGUGUGCCAAGCUUACGACAAACUGACUCAAGUCAAGUUGGAUGUGAACUGCCACUUUAUGAAUGACCUGGGCUUGGACUCCCUUGAUCAUGUAGAAAUCAUCAUGGCCAUGGAAGACGAAUUCGGUUUUGAAAUCCCUGACGGAGAUGCGGAGAGGCUUGUAAGGCCCAAGGACAUUAUCCAAUACAUUGCCGACAAAGAAGACAUCUAUGAAUAAAUCAAAAUCAUUUCAAAAUUUCAGUAAUUUUAGACCAAAUGCACUUGACAUUUAAACUUAAUUAAAUGUAUGUUCAGUUGGUGUAAACUUACUAAGUUUGAAUAGUUUAGUUGAACUAUUUGUUGAUAAAGAUCAAUAUGGCCGAACAUCUGUCUAAGGGGAAAAGUGUAAAAUCUGUUUUUAUUAUAUGCCUGUUAGAACUAGAUCAUGUGCUUUUUAUUUGGUCAAAGCUAUUCUGUGGUACCAUUACAAUAAACUAUUAGAUUAUGAA